AUCAGUGUCGUUUACAUCCAUUCCACCCUUUGCUAUUUAUGUAUAUAUACAUCGUCUACUACAGCUGAUCGAAGGAAACCCAUAUAAGUUGUUAGACUAAACACGCAAAUAUUGCGGUUUAGUCGCAGUUAUUUACUGUGUGUGCAAAAUGUACAGUCAACAUAGGAAUGAGAAAAUGAUGGAUAAUUAAUAAGAAGUGAAUGGAGACAUCCGAUCGAAAGAAAUAUCCAUUUUUCAGUGAUGUCGAAAAAAAUUAUCAUGCUUCCGAUAUGUUAUUUUUCAAGACGAUAUCUCAUGAUUCUUCAAUUUCACGUCCUUUUAAUCUUGUUACUUUUUCCAGCUAAAGAAUGUACUAUGCCAGAAGCAAGUCAAGAAGGAUUACUACAUUCAUUCAAAAGUUAUUCAGAUAUAGUUAUGUUUCAUUAUACAGUUCCAAAAGAAGUACUCAGAGCUACUUGGCAGUUUGCAGCAUUUAUGGAUGGGCAAGAAUGCCCAGAAAGAAAAGUACAUAUAUACCUGCAAUGGGGCAGUUACCCUGUGAUAUCUAUAAAUAAUGAUACAUUUCCCAAUGAUAUGUAUCAUAAGCGUAAUCAUACCAUUAUAGUUUCUGCAGUUACAACAUUUGAACCAAAAACCACUGGAGUUGUACCAGUUUAUGGACCAGAAGCUGGAGAUUGGUUUGUAGGAGCUUAUUUGUCUCAUUGGGAUGAAAAGGUUCAACAACAGGGACUUGGCCAUAAAUGCCAUUAUAGUAUAGGUUCUGUAGCUGUAUGGACACAAAUCAAUAGUAUUGAAAAUAUUCCUAUUGGUUACCAACAAACAUUAAGAACAAAAGAAGCUACUUCUUAUUACAAGAUAUAUAUCCCAUCAGGGACAUGGAAUUUUCGUGUAGAUAUUUGGGGUUGUAACUUUACUGUGCAUAAAUCUCAUAAUGUACAUGAACUUUGUAUCAAAAAUAUGGCUUUACAAGGACGUUCUUUACCUGUUUUCAAUCACUCUGAAUCAACUAAAAUUGGAAAUCUAACUAUGUUAGAUUCAUAUACCUUUACAGAGACUUCCCCUUAUGAAGAUAGUUAUUAUUAUUUGAUGAUUAUUUCAGAUAGUAUUAUUGAAGUAAAUGUGAAAGUAGUAACCUCAGAAUGUCCAAUCAGGAUAACAGAAAAAUCUUUUGUAAGGCAAUAUUUAGAUGCACCUUCAUUUUCUAAAGCAUUAGCUCAAUUGCAUAUGAAAGAUUUAACAAAACAUCAUUUGCAUCAUGAUGAAGAUAAAUACAAUGAAUCAUUUUAUAAUGAAAGUGAUGUUAUGAAAAAUCAGUUUGGCACAUUAGAUGAAAAUUUUGAUGAUCCAUGUGUCCCAAGAUAUCAACUUGCUAGAAUUAAGCACUCACAAACAUUUUCAGGAGUCUACUUACUACAGGGUAGAGAAUGGUUAACUUCUUGGGUGAUGUUAACUGAUGUGCAUCCAGUAAUUACACAGUUUGAUAUUUUGCCAUUAGUUGAUAUUGGUGGUACUCUUGAUAUAAGUGCACAUUUGGAAAUGGAUAAAGUAGCAACACGACAGUUAGUAAAAGUUGUACUUUGCGUUCAACGUGGACGAAUUCCUAAAAAAAUUAAAAAUAAUAUUAUAUGUAAAAAUUCCAAAAUGUCGAUGAUUUUAUCUUCGUUCGACAAACAUGAUGGAACUUUAUUGAUACCAUAUCCACAGCCAGACACUUGGUAUGUUACUUUAGAUGCAACAUGUUAUUUUAAUGGAAGAUCCGUAAAUUGUGAAAUGGAAGAAAUUUUAGUAUCACUGGAUAUACGAACUAGACAAUGUGUGUUUGCUGGAAAUUAUCCAUGUGGUCACCAUGGAAUUUGUCAAGAAGUUCAUCGUGAUAUUCUUUAUUAUACAACAUGCAAAUGUUUUGAAGGAUACAAAGGAUGGGGAUGCACUGAUGCUACUAGUGCCAAUCCAGAAUCUUCUGUUCUUAUAACAACAUUGAUACUCACUUUAAGUAAUGGUUUUUUCAUACCUGCUAUAUAUUUAGCUAUUAAGCGCGGAUUAUAUACUGAGGGAUUAGUCUAUUUGGCAACUAUGCUCUUUUCAUCUCUGUACCAUGCUUGUGAUCAACAUGUUAUGACUUAUUGUAUUGCUAAAUAUGAAGUUUUACAAUACAGUGACUUUUUUUCAAGUAUAUUAGCAUUUUGGGUAACACUUGUUGCAAUGGCUGAAAUACCAAUUCGUUUUGUAUCAUUGUGUCAUAUGUUUGGAGUUCUUAUUAUAGCUUUUGGCGUUGAAUCCAAUAAAACAAGUCUAACCAGUAUUUUAGUACCUUUGGGGAUGGGCAUUAUGAUUCCAAUGGGGGCAUAUGCUUAUCGUUGUUUUCAUUUAAAAAAGUUGAAAAGACCUAAUAGAAUUUCAAAGUUAUUAGCAGGCUUAACAUUGGCGAUUGUAGGUUUAUUGAUCUUUUCGUUAGUUGAAACAGAAGCCAAUUAUCAGUAUGUUCAUAGUGCUUGGCAUAUAAUAAUAGCGAUCUCAUUGAUAUUUCUUUUACCGCCAUCACGAUUAGAACAAAUUGAUUCUUCAGGUACAAGCUCAUUUAGCAACGAUAGUGAAUUACUUGAUUAUAAAGACCCAUCGGGCAGUCCAAUUUUCAAAGUAACAAGUGGUCAAGAAAAUCUGGUAAUUGCGUCAAAUUGAAAAUUACAGUAAAAAUAAGUAAUAUAAAAACAAACCAAAUACGUACUAUUAUUUAAAUUACUUGUGCCAAAAGAGUUCUAAUUCUCUAAAUAAAAAAUAGAUUAUAGCAUCGAUUAUAGCACGAUAAUCAAAAUUUAAAAAAAUGAACGUACAUGUACAAAUAUCAUGUACAUGUAUAUAAAAUAUUUAUAUAUAUAAAUUUUAUAAUAGUUCCUAAGUAAAGAUGCAUAAAUGAUUAUAGGGUAAUCUAUGUUGAGAUUUCCAACUUAACACAGCUCAAUAUAACAUACAACUAGUUUUAACUGCAAAAGUUUAAUGAACUUACAAAUGGUGCUAUUCUAUUCUUACUAUAUUGUUUUAAAGAUAUAAUCAAUAAUACUAAUAGAAAUAUUUUUAUAUAUUUUUAAUAUUGUUGGAAAUUGUAUUGUAUCAUAUUAAAUAAGUCGCGAAAAAAGUUGACAUCUAUUUUUUCUAGAAAAUUACGUCAUUAAGUAAUACCAUCAGAACAUUGAUGACGAUGGGUUUAUUACUGGGUUUAGUAAUAAUUAUAUUUCAUAGUCUUCAUUAUAGUCAUAAUAUGAGUUUUAGAAAAAAAGGAAAUUUGUUAAUAGAGAACUUGUUACAAAAUUUAUUACAUAUAUAAAUAGA